AUGGAAGAAGUUUGUCUCAACAGCGAGCCAGUGUUUGAUGAAGGUGAUGAGUAUGACUUGGAGGGAGGGCAUGAUGCUGGAAAUGGGGAAACACAAUGUAAACAGGUCUCCCCACAACCUACUGUCGGUUUGGAGUUUGACUCUUUUGACGAAGCCUAUGAUUUCUACAAUCUCUAUGGUAAAGAACAGGGAUUUGGCAUUAGAGUGAGCAAUUCAUGGUUCAGGUCAAAGAGAAAAGAGCGAUAUAGAGCAAAAUUAAGUUGCAGCAGUGCAGGUUUCAAGAAAAAGAGUGAUGCAAACAAUCCAAGACCAGAGACAAGAACCGGUUGUCCUGCAAUGAUAGUUAUCAAGCUUGUGGACUCCCAAAGGUGGAGAAUAGUUGAAUCAGAGCUUCAACACAACCAUCAGGUGAGUCCACAGAUCAAAAGGUUUUACAAGUCGCAUAAAAAAAUGAUCAUUGCUGCCAAAAAUGCACAGCCGCAGCCAGAUCCUGUCACAGAAGUUCAUACUAUCAAGCUAUAUCGAACAUCUGUUAUGGAUGUUGGGUGCAAUGGAUGUUCAACCUUAAGUGAAACUGAAGGUUUAAAUCCUAUUGAUCACUCUCAGCACUUGGAACUUAGAGAAGGAGAUGCUCAUGCAGUUUACAACUACUUUUGUCGAAUGAAAUUGACGAAUCCUAAUUUUUAUUAUUUGAUGGAUCUAGAUGAUGAUGGACGUCUGAGGAAUGUAUUUUGGGCUGAUGCCAGGUCCAGGGCUGCAUAUGGAUACUUCUGUGAUACUGUAGCCAUAGACACAACGUGCUUGGCAAACAAAUAUGAACUCCCCCUGAUUUCAUUUGUUGGUGUAAACCAUCAUGGACAAUCUGUGCUGUUCGGCUGUGGCUUCCUUGGGGUUAAGUCAGUGGAUUGUUAUGUUUGGAUGCUCCGUGCAUGGCUUAAAUGCAUGCUAGGGCGCCCUCCACAGGUUUUCAUUACGGACAAAUGCAAACGGUUGCAAAAUGCAGUGUCUGAGGUGAUCCCAGAGGCUCGCCAUUGCUGUUGUUUGUCGUAUAUCACACAGAAGGUUCCAGAGAAGUUGGGAGGACUGAAGGGAUAUGAAGCAAUCAGAAGACACUUGCACAAAGCAAUCUAUGAUUCCUUGAAAAUAGCUGAGUUUGAAACUUCGUGGGCUGAAAUGAUCAAACGGCAUGAACUUGGGAAUAACAAAUGGCUUCAGCAAUUGUAUGAGGAUCGGCAAAACUGGGUUCCAGUGUACUUGAAAGACACAUUUUUUGCGGGAAUGAUCCCUAUCCGCGAAAGUGAGAGCUUGCCUGCAUUUUUUGAUGGUUAUGUGCAUAAACAUACGUCUUUCAAGGAGUUUGUCGAUAAGUAUGACCUUGCUCUUCAUAGGAAGCGCAUGAAAGAGGUGGUGGCAGAUCAGGAGUCGAGAACGUCAAGCUUUGAAUUGAAAACAAGAUGCAAUUUUGAAGUGCAACUAUGUAAAGUGUACACAAAGGAAAUAUUCAGGAGGUUCCAGUUGGAGGUUGAGGGAAUGUACUCCUGCUUCAAUACAAGGCAGGUCAAUGUUAAUGGUCCUAUAAUAACCUACAUAGUCAAAGAACGAGUUGAAGUUGAAGGAAACGAGAAGGAAGUAAGAUGCUAUGAGGUUUUGUAUGAGACAACACAAGUGGAUAUCCGAUGCAUCUGCAGUUUGUUCAACUACAAAGGGUAUCUGUGCAGGCAUGCCUUAAACGUUCUAAAUUACAAUGGCGUGGAAGUGAUCCCGUCACGAUACAUAUUACCACGGUGGAGCAAAAAUUUCAAGUGCACGCAUCUUCUGCAUCAAGGAUCAAGUAGUAAUGAUGUGUAUGACCCGGCAUACUGGUGUGAUCAUCUUUAUAAGCUCGCCCUUCCAGUUGCAGAAGAAGGGGCACAAUCUGAGGAACAUUAUAAGACGACCUUGCAAGCGUUGGAGAAGCUGUUGAACAAGUUUCAUCUUGUAGAGGACACCCUCAAUGAAACAUAG